CAUUAGGAGGGGUGGGGAAAGGGAGAAGUGGGCAGGCUGUGUUUGUUCGGGAAUUCACUAACUUUCUCUCGAGGAAAGGCCUUAUUUCAUCAUUCGCCGUUACUGCGGAGGUCUGAAGAAUAACGGGUCCGAAAAUGAAAGCAGUUCUGCUCGUUCUCGCCUGUUUGUUUGCGUCCUUUUCUCCUCUGGACUGCAACCAGCCAGGCUUGAUCCCCGAGGGGGAUCUUCUAGUGCUGACUGUAGCCACGCAGGAGACUGAUGGUUUCAGACGCUUCUUGAGAUCCGCCAAACACUUCAAUUACACCAUCAAGGUUCUUGGAAGGGGUGAAACAUGGAAAGGUGGAGAUUACAUGUCUCCUCCAGGUGGAGGGCAGAAAGUGCGCCUGCUGAAGUCUGCUCUGGAGGACAUAAAGGAGGAGAACAAAGUCAUCCUCUUUGUGGAUAGUUAUGACGUGAUCUUUUCUUCUGGUCCGAAAGAGCUGCUGAAGAAGUUUCAGCAGGCCAAACACAAAGUUGUGUUUUCCGCCGAGACGCUUAUCUGGCCAGACCGUCACCUGGAAGACAAGCAUCCUCAUGUCAGAGAAGGGAAAAGAUUCCUUGGAGCAGGAGGCUUCAUUGGUUAUGCACCCAACCUUAAACAGAUGGUUUCGGACUGGUCAGGAGCAGAUAGUGACAGUGACCAACUCUAUUUCACCAAGAUAUAUAUCAACCCAGAGAAAAGGAAGUCUAUAAAUAUAACUUUGGACAGCAAGUGCAGAUUGUUCCAGAAUCUUCAUGGAGCUCUUGAUGAGGUCGUGCUGAAGUUUGAAGAUGGACGUGUGCGAGCCAGAAAUGUGUUCUACGACACGCUACCCGUUAUUAUCCAUGGCAACGGACCCACCAAACUUCAGAUAAACUACCUUGGCAAUUAUAUCCCAAACCUGUGGACAUUUGAGAGUGGCUGCACAAUUUGUAACGAGAAUCUGCGACCGCUUUCUGGACUCCAGGAGAGUGAGUAUCCAGUGGUGGUGAUUGGGAUCUUCAUCCAGCAGCCCACACCCUUUGUCACAGUGUUCUUUGAGCACUUACUUAACCUCAAAUAUCCCAAAAAACGGCUCCAAUUAUUCAUCUAUAAUCAGGAACCACACCAUGAACCACACGUACACACGUUUCUCGAGUAUCACGAGUCUGAAUACCAGGGUGUGAAGAUGAUUGGACCAGAGGAGGAUAUAGAUCCUGUGACCUCACGUAAUAUUGCCUUCGAUAUGUGUCGAGACGACAUUGACUGUGAAUACUUCUUCAGCAUAGAUGUGGAUGUGGUUUUAAAGAAUGAAGACACACUUAAAAUCCUAAUUGAGCUCAACAAGCCUUUCAUUGCACCAAUGAUGACCAAACCUGGGCGCCUCUGGACAAAUUUCUGGGGUGCUCUCAGUGCGGACGGGUACUACGCCAGGUCAGAGGAUUAUGUGGAUAUAGCUCAAGCACGCCGCAUGGGUUUGUGGAAUGUGCCAUAUGUCUCUAACAUAUUCCUGAUAAAAGCUGAUACAUUGAGGACUGACCUCAAAGAUCCCGACCUGUUUGAAUCCGCAACGCUUGAUCCGGAUAUGGCCUUCUGCUCCAAAAUCCGAAACAAGGGUGUCUUCAUGUUCGUAACAAACAUGCACACUUUCGGUCGAGUUUUAUCAACUGAAAAUUACCAGACAAACCACCUGCACAAUGAUCUCUGGCAGAUCUUUGAAAAUCCUGUGGAAUGGGAGGAAAGAUACAUUCAUGAGAAUUAUUCCAAAGUUUUGAAAAAUGAUCUUAUAGAAACGCCGUGUCCUGAUGUGUACUGGUUCCCAGUGUUCACCGACGUGGCCUGCAAACAUUUCAUUGAAGAGAUGGAAAAUUUUGGCCAGUGGUCAGGAGGUGGAAAUGUGGACAAUAGGAUUCAAGGCGGAUAUGAAAAUGUCCCCACUAUUGAUAUCCACAUGAAUCAAGUGGGCUACGAAAAAGAAUGGCACAAGUUCCUUUUGGAUUAUGUUGCUCCGAUCACUGAGAAAAUGUUUCCAGGAUACUACACAAGGGCUCAGUUUGAUCUGGCCUUUGUAGUCAGAUAUAAACCAGAUGAACAACCCGCAUUAAGACCACACCAUGACGCCUCUACCUUCACUGUCAACAUAGCGCUCAAUCAAGUGGGGAUUGACUUUAUGGGUGGCGGCUGCCGAUUCUUGAGGUACAACUGCUCCAUUAGAGCUCCCAGGAGGGGCUGGGCGCUCAUGCACCCUGGACGCCUCACUCACUACCAUGAGGGUCUGCCCACCGUAGAGGGGGUCAGAUACAUCGCUGUCUCAUUUGUGGACCCUUGAACAACUUUUUAUCAUAAACUUGAAUUUGCUUUGAAUUCAGAAGACUUUAGAAUAAUCAAAUGAUCAAGAAAAAUAUGUUGACAACAGUGCCUUACAUUGUGAAUAUACCAGUGUAUAUAUAUAUUUUCCAUAUUUUUGUUACAUAAAGGCAUCUUUUGAUAACAGUCGAUGAAUGUCGAAAGCAGUUUGACAGAUCACUACGCAAUAUGUGACUUCUAUGGCAUUUUACUUGUUUAUUUAUUGUCAUGUAUUGAAGGGAUUACUCCAUACAGAUGAUGUGGAUUUCAUUAAUGUAUCUGUCCUUGCUUUGACAUUCACAGCUUCAUUGAGUUGUUUUCUUUAUUGAUGCCCCUCAAGCAAUUGGUGCUGAUGUUUGAAAACAGUUUGACAUGUGGUUUGUUUUCUCACUGCUUAACGUUGCUUGCUUAGAGAUUUAUUUUCUUGUUUACUGAUCACUCGUCAUGAAUUUUGGAAGAAAACACAAGGAGAAAAAAAGAAAUGAUUAAUUGUAUAUAAUUAUGUCACUCAAAAAUUAAAAAUGCUGUAAUAAGUUUUAACCAUGGUUUUCACAAAAGAACAAGUAGUACUAUGUUGUCCCUAAUGAGAAAUAAAUAUACAAAAAUGUAUUUAAAAUACAUUUAUUUCAUGCUAAGUAUACUACAAAUACAUUUACAGAUUAUGUACUUAAUAAAACACCCUGCAAUUGUACUUUUAGUAUACUAACUUGUAUAUUUAAAGUAUGCUAAAUUGUAACAACUAAUUUUGUACUUCAUGCACUUUAACUGCACAAAAGUAGUGCUGAAGUCAAGCUAAAGAUGUAAUUAAGUAUAUUUGAUUGUGCUGAAGUGGAACUAUUGCAGGUAUGUUUUAGGUAUACUUAGGUAUACUUUAAAGACAGAUAUUAUUUAAAGAUCAUACAAUCCUCAAUAGUGAAAUUACAAUAUAUUUUAGGCUUAAUAUUAAGAAAUGUGCAUUGUGCACAAGUAAUACUCCAAGUUCACUUACAACUUUUUAGUCUUAACUCUUUUUAUUGAUAUUUUUCAAACAGAGAGUUAUUGAAUGGGAAACAAUACAGCAUUUUUUUAACAGCAGAAAAGUAAAUCAGAUGAGAUUGAACAAAAUAUUUCUUUCUCUCUGGAUUAAUUACAAAAUAAAUAAAUAAAAUAAUAAUAAUAAUAAAAAACAAUCAUAAUAUCAUACAUCAAAAUAAAUAUCUGCU